GGUCACAUCUCUGGAUCGGUCCUGUCUUAAACCCUGUACAUUUGUUUGCAAGAAAAACCACGAUGGAAUUCCGUACAUUUAUUAUGUUACUUUUGUGUGCUUCGUGUUACGCGAACGAGUACCAGAUGAAACCAUCAAAAGCGAACAACAGCGAUCCGUCCACGGAGUCGGACGAGCCUCCAGAAGGAUAUUACGCCUUCGUGAAGUCACCGAACGCUGAACCGCCUAAAGUUAGGCCACCACCUUAUAUAGACAGUGACAAAGAGUGCUAUGAUACCGGUAAACAAGGAAAAGGUUUCGUCUCCGUGCACAACAUCUGUGGAGACCUGAAUAAAGGUUACAUUCCUAGAAACCCGAUGAAUCAGUAUUUUAACGGCACGUCGUAUCCUUUUGCUCUCUUGAAAAAUCACACGCUGAAAUUUUUGAGUAAAGCCUUGCCCAUACUCAAGGCGGACGACUCCUUGCCAAAAGUCGCCACAGUACAAGCUUAUUCUCAAAACUCCGUCGACACUGACGAGAAACGAAGCAGAAGUAAACGGUCCGACCCGAGUCAGGAUAUUAAUCGAAAUGGUCGCAAGUUUUGCGAGAAUGGCGGAGGAGUGGUCUGCAUGCUGUACAAAGCGAUACAGGGAGAGCCACUAGCUCCGUCAGCAGCCGAGCGUCGCGACGAGCCCUCCACCCCCGAAUAUCGUCAGCGAACACCACCACAAGAAAAGCCGGAAUACACUGGCCCGCCCACUCCGUGCCCCGCCAAAGUAGAAUACGCGACACCUGUUUUUGCUAAGAACUAUCAAGGAGUUUGGCGCUACGUGGUCCAAAUACCUUACGAGGGUUACUUCACGCAAACUAUUGAAGUUACCAGAUGCAUGCAGUCAAGGUGUCAUUAUCUAGACGGUGGCUGUCUAUCAUCGCCAAGAUGGACGAGUCUCCUCGUCGCAGAAAUUUUCUAUCCGGACACCUUCCUAGAAGAGAAUCAAAACUCUCGGAUCAGUGGCCUUAGGGAGAACGCUGAUUCACCGCCACCUGUCCAUGAUUUCCAAAACUACCAGCAGUACUUGCAGAAACGUGCCGGGGAAAACGAGGCUCGCAACAGCGGCUCACAACAUCAUUGCGACGGCGUUGAUGAAAUGGGAUGCUUCCAGGUAAGAUUGUAUUACGAUUGGUUCCUGGUGCCAGGUAGCUGCAAAUGUUGGCGCCCCGACUACUUCAACCGUUACGUUCGUCGAAGUGGGAGCAACAUUGAAUUGUGAUCAAAGCAGCGUGUUUGAAGUAUAUGAACGGACUCCUGAUACGCUUGAAUCAAUAAUCUUUUCAGAUUGGAGAUUUUCUAGCUAAUAUUUGCGAUCGUAUCGAUUCUGAUAGUUAUACACAGAUAAAAAGAUUGAUUUUUUAAUUCUGUACGCGGUACAGAAUGAUUGAUACGAUUCGUCGUUAGCUUUAAUAUAUAAUUGUAUUGGAUUUGCAACAAUGUGCACCUUAAGACUGAACUGUUGUCACAAACGCGUGUUACUGCUAAGUUUUCUUUCUUCUUUUUAAUCCAUGCUUCUCGAUUUCGCAUGGCAAUGUACAGUUGUUAAUUCGGAAUUAACCGUAAACCAGUCCGAAUGUUUACCAUAAGAUAUAAGUAUUUAAAACAUUCAAUUUAAAGACGACAAUCAUAAACCACCUGUUUCUAGAUAAUACUUUUAUUAAUUAACAAACAAGAGUACACCUGGUUAAAAUUUGUCUUCUCAGGGCUAAGUACAAUUCAUAUGUGUUCUUUUUAUGUUGAAGGUUAUGGAGCCAGAUGUACGUAAAAUUAUACCUUACCUUUUCUUUAAUACUCUAUUUAUAAAGAUAUUUAAAUAACAGAGACCAAUAAAUUAUUACGAUACGUUAUAACAACAAAGUGGAUAUAAUUUGUUAUUUCGCUCUUGCGCAACUGCAUGCAAAAAUGCGUUAACUGAAACGAGUUCAUUGUACAAUUAAAAACAGUGCGUACAAGUCCUUUACGGUUCCUCGGGAGAUCCGUAAGCAAUCGUGGUCGUUUACAACAUUAUACACCGUAUGUAGGUAUUGCACAGUUGGAUCAAUACUCCGGCCAUUGAAAGACAAGGCAAGAAGUAGAAGUAACAGCAGCGGCACGAGAGAGAAGGGGAACCGCAUGGUGUCUGUGGAGCAUGGUUAUCGAGCGAUUCCACUUGUUAUAGGAUUGUUGAAUCGAAAUAAGUAGAAUAGUUCGUGUCGGUUCCGGUUCACUGUUCAAGAUAAAUAGUGAGAAGUAACUAGAUCGUUCGAAUCUAAAAAAACUUACCGUACGAUUAAUUUCCAUCCCACCCUUAUUCAUCUUUUGUUUUAAUAUCUAUUUAGGUUGACAUGUUCCAGCAAAUUGUCACUCAUAUUAUUUGAUCGCUUUUGUGUAGUCUAAAUGUGAAUUGGAUUAUAAUUAUAUUCAUAUAUGGGUAAUUUCCAACCUGCAAAGGAUUAAUGUUUGUAACGUUUAUUCAUUUGCAAUGCAAAAUCCGCUUACUUAUUUAUUCCUAAUUUUAUAUGGAGAUUAUAAAGUUAACAGUAUUACAGGGUGCUUAAGCUGACCGAGCGAAUGCUCAUUGAUUCACUGCUCUGCUAAAACUCGACAUGAUUUAAUUCGGCUGAAUUCAAUUUGGCGCGAUUUAAUUCGGUGCUAUUCGACUCGUACGAGUCAACUUGACACGAUUCGAUUCGAUGCGAUUUAAUAAUUGUGUUAAACGCAUAGAAUGUUCUCGGUCGUUUAAAUUUAAACACACCCUUAUAACUUGUGUACUUCGAUACACUUGUAUAAAAUCGCAACGCGGUCGAGGAAUCGAUACCUAAAUACGAUUGACCGUAUGAUCGUGCGAUCAACGGUAGUCGCACGCACUUGUUUUUAAGAUCGAUAAAAUCACCUACCUACUUUGCGUCAAAUACAUUCUCCCACGUGAUUCGAUGCAGCGUAUAUAUUGCAAUGCAUGCAUAUACGUACAAAAGCAAUGACGGCGUCGGCUGCUGCGCCAGCUGAAAUGAAAUAGGUGGGGGUAUGCGAACGUAGACGGAUCAUGGGGGAAUGCGACGAAGAAGCAGUUUAGUAUCGUCCGACGAAGGGAAGUUGCCGUAUCGUCUUUCGAUCGGUUUUUCCGUCAGGUGUGCCAUUUCCGUUUCUCGCUGACAGAACUCGAACGAAACGCACGGCAACGAGACACGCGACAAGGGAAACAAUCGACGAAGUCUCGUCACGAAACGCGCGGUCGUCAAAGAAAGAAACCGUUGGUGGUCCGUGCACGACAUGUGGCCAAUAUUUCGAAGCGGUGCUAAGCCGUUCGCUAAAAAUACAUUUUCCGAACGGUCAGCACGUUACGGGCUCAGUAAAAAGGAAUAUCAGUGAUGUUCAAGUGCCGGUAAGUUUGCACAAUAAUGCCACCAAUAACGUGCGUCUAUCGCCGUGUAUUUCGGACACGAUCGUAAUCACCGCAACGAUUUUUCAAUUCGCAUAAACACAAUAAAUAAUUUUGGGACUAUUCGUGUACACGCAUAAGCCGCCUAUCGUUGUACUCGCGCAUAUAUUUCUUGUAAGAAAUAUUAUCGCGCAUCGAUGGAGAGACCGACUGUUACGGUUAUUAAAUGGACCUUUUUCUGACAAAUAACUGUGUCAUAAAAUCGAUGGUAAAUUUUAAACAAACGAUGCAUCAUUGAAAAGCGUGAGGAUGCAACAUCGAUUCUACUGAUGUGCAAACGUAAACCGUGCACUUUAUCGAGCACGGUAAGUUUGAUACACAAACGAUGAGCCACCAACCAAGAAACAUUAGAAGCGUUAAAUUUCAAUUGAGUUUCAUCGGAAUUCGUCAUUAAUGACAACGAUACGUUAGUCGACGUAAAAGUGCUGUUCGUGCAAAACGCGUAAAAUAUUGACACGCAUGAAAAUCUGUGCCCUUAGCGAGCUGCGUGAACAAAGCAAAACUGUCACAGUUCGUAAGCGGAAUAUGAACACCGGUUAUCAGUUAACCCGUUCACGCAUGCAGUGACUGUUGGAAUCUAUGUAAAGAUUUACACUAAUUACACACCGAUUCUCUCGUAAUACGUGCACGAAGAAACUUCGACUAACACAGUUAAAAAACACAUUUCGUUCUGCCCGAAAAAUUGGCUCUCAAUUGUUACGCUUCUGGCGCGAAAAUUCGUUGAACCGCCGCCAUAGUGUCGUUGUAUUUAAACAAAAAGUUUAUCCUCGACAUGUUAGCACUAGUAUUUGAAUUUUAUCAGGACUAAUUCUUCAAUUUACAAUUAUGAAUAUACUAUAUCCACGUGCGUCGCAGGGUUUGAAAAAUAUUAGUCACAAACGAAUUUACCAAUGAAGGACGUAAGAAGAAGAUUUACGAUUUAAUUAUAUUUUUAAUGCACUAUGUAUUUAGGUAA